AUGUUCAGCUGUAAGAACUUCAAGCAGGGCUUUUCAGCCACUCUUGCCGCCGCCUUUGUUGCUGUCUUGCUGCCUGGCUUGACGCAUGUUUACCGCGCAGACAUGAAGAAUUUCGAGGAUGCGAAGGCGAGUUGCGAUCAAAUGGGCGCCAGGUUGGCUGUAGCGAAUUCCGAGACUGAGGUCAAACUGAUCGGCAACCUGGCCAAGUACAGCGAAAGCUCCUUCCAAUAUGCCUUUGUCGGCCGCUUCUUUGACAACACCAACUGGGUCCCCGCAGAUCCACUCAUUUACUUUACAGGCACAUUGUUGGCAAACAGUGGCUGGGUGGGCUGGAGAGCGGGUGAGCCCAACCAAGCGUCUUACACAAUGCCCAACUGCACCCAGGGCAAGGAGAGCUGCUACGUCACAGACAAUAGUGGCUUGCAUAAUGACAUUUCUUGCGAGUCGCAGUAUCCAUACAUAUGCGAGUUUUACCGCAAACCCUGUGUUAAACCUUAACUUUUGACAA